GUCAGCUGGGAAACGUCACUGUCAUCACCACAGAAUGCGGUAGACUUUGGACUUGGGAUUUUUAUCAAAUUAUAAAUUAACCAAGCAUUAGGAUUUUGUGCAAUGGUGAAAAACUGAUGAAUUACAUAUUAUUCUUAUAUACUGUGAUCAUUUCAUGUGAAGUCCACGAUGUAUAACCCCGCUGUGACGGUCCGAAGGAUUGAUGUUUUGAUUCGAAUUUUGGGGCCAAGGAAGGCUAUUUUGGCCGCGAAUCCAGUGAGAGCUUACUCCAGUGAAGAUAAAGUAACCAUAGGAGAUGUCAGUAAGGAGAUCGAAAGACCUAAAAAGGUUGAAUACGUGCCUCGAAAGUACUUAACCAUAGAGAGUGCACAAAUCAAGGCAUUGUCUCAAAGUACAUUGAGGAAUUUGAGAUGGAUGAUGCAAAAAGAUCUCUUGGGCCAAGAUAUGUUUUUACUGGGCCGGCCUGGACCUAGCAGGAGAAAAGUAGCAUUCCAAUAUUUGGAGUUGACGCAAAGGGAGUUAGAAUAUGUAGCACUCUCCCGUGACACCACAGAGGCAGAUCUGAAGCAGAGGAGGGAGAUAAUAUCUUCCACUGCAAAAUAUUUUGAUCAGAGUGCAGUGCGGGCAGCUGUUGAAGGUCGUGUGCUAGUGUUAGAAGGCAUAGAGAAAGCAGAACGCAAUGUGUUGCCAGUGUUAAAUAAUUUAUUAGAAAAUAGAGAAAUGCACUUGGAAGAUGGAAGAUUUUUAGUACCAGCCUCGAGAUAUGAUAGGUUACUAGAGGAACAUGGUGCAGAAGAAGUUGAAAGAUGGCGCCUUGUUCGCGUGGACGAAAAUUUCAGAGUCAUCGCUCUUGGGCUGCCGGUGCCGAGGUACGCUGGACAGCCGCUCGACCCGCCACUGCGGUCUCGGUUCCAGGCUAGAGAUGUCGCUACUAUCGGAUAUGGGGAGCAUCUCAGUGUGUUGAGGGAAGAGGCGCCUCACGUGGACCCUGCGAAGUUGGAACAGCUCCUGUCCGCAGCAUAUGCCCUGAUUAGCCCUGAGCUGCAGCAGGUCAGCCUGCCAGACUUCCCCGUCGACAGCUUACACUUCGCUGCACUUGUUCUGGAGAAAAACCCCAACAUUCCCAUACACAAACUGAUAUACCUUCUUUACCCGUACAACACCUUUUUAUCAAAAGACCACGUCAAAAACGUAGAAAUGGUCCUUAAGAACUUGAACAUAAACACCAGUUCAAAAUACCAAGUGUCACUCCAAGGUUUAGAGUACAAGGGAAACCAGGCUUUAGUGAGUUUGGAUGUGAACGGUACUAAGUCUCAGUUUGCCGUGGGGUGUGGUGGGAGGAAGGCUGGCGUGGAGGACACGGGUAUAGUGAAGACAGAAUAUCAGAGCCAGUUGUUAAAUGAACUGCUUUUGAGUCAUAGUGUUGGUGAUUUUUGUAUUGUUGGACCCAAAGGCUGCGGCAAGAGCCUGCUAGUGACGCAACUAGCAAACCUCCUGGGAUACACCAUAGAGCCGAUAGUGUUGUACCAGGACAUGACAGCCAGAGACCUGGUACAGCAACGGACCACCUUGGACAAUGGAGACACUGUGUGGCGGAACUCGGCUUUGGUAGAGGCGGCUUUGAAGGGACGGUUGGCUGUGCUAGACGGCUUGCAUAGGAUCCAUGCGAGUACUCUGGCUGUUUUGCACAGAUUGGUACACGACCGAGAGCUGCAACUUCACGACGGUACAAGGUUACUACGUCACGAUAGAUACGAUGAGUUGCUAAAUUCAGGCCUGACGGAGCAGCAACUUGAAGAGAGCGGCGUUAAGAAGAUACAUCCAGCUUUCAGGAUUGUAGCAUUAGCAGAACCGCCAGUGAUAGGCCGCGGUCAGCAGUGGUUGUCACCGGAAAUCUUGAGUCUGUUCAUCUUCCACGAGAUGAGGAAUUUGAGCAAGGCUGAGGAGAUGUUCAUCAUUAACAGCUUGCACGGCGAUAUAUCGCCACCAUUACAAUCGAUUAUAGACUUAGCAGACCAGCUCAGGAAGUCAGAAGACAGCACCCUCAAGAAUCUCUCCUCGUCUCUUUCCACUCGCCAAUUGCUCAGGAUAGCUAGCAGAAUGUCUAAGUACCCAACAGACUCCGCCUACGAAACUGUCCAGCGCACUUUCUUAGCUAAAUUCCUGCCUAAUUUAGCCAGAAGGGCGUUAGACAGUGCUAGCCAGAAACUAGGCAUUGAUCCUCCACGACGCUUCGGAAUCUUUGGCAACAAUCCUACAGAAACUAAAGUCGCCUGUACUAUCAAAGAUAAUAUCCUUACAAUUGGCAACACAAGUACAGAAAUAUUCAAAACUGACGCCCUUACUAAAGUGCCUGAUAUUUUGUUCUACGAUGUACCCCAGCAUAUGAGGUUAUUGGAAUGGCUGCUUCAAGACUUUCUUCUCGGAAACCAUUUACUUCUAGUAGGGAAUCAAGGUGUAGGCAAGAAUAAAAUAGCUGAUAGACUUCUCCAGUUAUUGAAUAGGCCAAGGGAGUACAUCCAACUACAUAGAGAUACAACAGUCCAAUCGUUAACAGUACAACCGACUGUGAGAGACGGUAUCGUGGUUUACGAAGAUUCUCCAUUAGUGAAGGCUGUCAAAUAUGGUCAUGUUUUAGUAGUAGAUGAAGCAGAUAAGGCUCCUACACACGUGACGUGUAUUCUUAAAACGUUGGUUGAGAAUGGUGAGAUGGUGCUGAGUGAUGGUAGAAGGAUCGUGCCGAAGAACAUGCUAGAAAGUUCUGGAGGCGAUGUGUCCACUUUCAUCCCCGUACAUGAUGAUUUUAAAAUGAUCGUGCUGGCAAAUAGACCUGGAUUCCCGUUUUUGGGCAAUGAUUUCUUUGCGUCAUUAGGUGACCUUUUCUCAUGUCAUGCCGUGGACAACCCGUCGAUAGAGUCAGAGAUGGAACUCCUGAAGUCCUACGGGCCUGACGUACCCCAAGAUAUCAUGAAGAAGUUGGUACAAGCCUUCGCCGUGCUGAGAGAUAAGGCUGACCAGGGGCAGUUAACUUAUCCCUACUCCACCAGAGAGCUUGUCAAUAUUGUUAAACACUUGCAGAGAUAUCCAGAAGAGGACCUCGCGACGGCGAUCGGCAACGUGUUCGACUUCGACCGGUACAGCCGCGACAUGGCCGACACGCUGCUGGAGGUGUUGCACGCGAGCGGGCUGCCGACGGAGGGCGUGCUGGAGGGACGCUCCAAGGCACUUAAGAAGCUGCAGAUGACGAUAGAGAGGACUAGCGGCAAAGACGUAUCCUCACCAAAGCACGGCAAGGAAGACCCGGACAACCAGCCCCACGUGGGCGGCAACACGUGGGCCGGCGGCACCGGCGGCCGCGACACCGCCGGCCUCGGCGGCAAGGGCGGACCCUACCGGCUCGAUAAGGGACAUGACGUACAUCAGCUUUCAGACGCGGAAAAAGACGCCGUCCCCGAGCACGUGAAGAAAGCAGCGCGCGAGAUGAACAGGAAGGCGUUCGAGGAGCGACUCAAGGAGAUCAAGAUGAGCGAGUACGACGCCAAGCUCUACGAACAGUUCUACCGCGCCGUGCAGCCGCAGAUCGGUGCCUUGCGAGGCGUGUUGGCAGAGUUGCAGGCGAAAACUAAAGAACGGCAGUGGAGUCGGCAUCAGACCAGUGGCGAAUUAGACGAUGGCAAAAUUAUUGAAGGUUUAACAGGCGAGCGGUCGAUAUACCGUCGCCGCACUGAACAAGAGCCGCCGCCCGGCGCUCCCCCGGACAAGCCCAAGCGGCUGAGGCUCGUUUUAGAUGUUUCUGGAAGCAUGUACAGAUUCAACUCAUAUGACGGCCGUCUGGAACGUUCGAUGGAGGCGGUGGUGCUCCUCACCGAAGCUCUGAAGGGCUACGAGGCUCGGAUACGGUACGACAUGUACGCGCACUCUGGCGAGGAACACGCACUCGAGCUGGUCCGCGUGGACCGACCCCCGGAGAAUGAGAAGCAAAGGCUGCAGGUAAUCCGCACGAUGCAUGCGCACGCGCAGUUCUGUUGGUCCGGCGACAACACGCUGCCGGCCGCUCGGCACGCCAUCUCGACGCUCGCCAACGAGGAUGCGGACGAAGCCAUAGUUCUUAUAUUAUCCGAUGCUAAUCUUAGACGAUAUGGUAUACAACCUGAAGAGUUGGGAAGUAUACUAACUUCUGACCACAGAGUGCAAGCCCACGUCAUAUUUAUAGGCAGCUUGGGGGACGAGGCUAAUGCCCUGCUGCGGCGCCUGCCGGCGGGACACGCGCACGUGUGCCUGGAGGUGGCGGCGCUGCCUCACAUCAUGCAGCAGAUAUUCGCAUCAUCACUGAUGCAGAACUCUUCGUGAUACCACAUAGUCAAGGGGCCGUUCAGUAUUACGUAACGUAACUUGGAAGGGAGGGGAUGUCUCGUAAAACGUUACGAUGCGUUACAGGGGCGGGAGGGGGUUUACGUACAACGCGUUAUGUAACAUUGUUUUUUUUAAUUUAAAGCAAUAACAAAGGUAUUUUUGCGACUUUCCGGUACUUUGCAUGACAUAAUUGUGAAUAUUAGAAAAAAAUGACACUUUAGAGUUACGUAACUUUUGGAGGUGGGCAUGGGCAUACACGAAAACGUUACGGCGCGUAACAUUGGGUUGAAAAUUUUUAAAAAUUGCGUUACUUAAUACUUGAAUGGCCCCCUAGCAAAUUAGAUACAAUUGUCUUAUUUUCGGUGAAUGAGUCUAGAAUGGUAAUUGCUUUUGCCUGCCGCGUUAAAAAGGUUUUUCGGGAUUAAUAUUUUCCCGGGAUGAAAAGCACUAGUAGGAGUAACGUAGCUUUCUGAGAUUAGCCCCUAUAAAAAUACUAUUAUUUUCUUUAUAUGUUAGAUAAUAUCUUAACUUUUUCGAGGGUGGAAUAUUUUUGUUUUAAAUUAUAAUGUAGAGGUAUUAAUGUGUUAAAAAUGCAUUACAUAUUAUUUUUAUUUAUACAAUUAAUUAUAAUUUUUGAAGAGGAUUUCAUGGCGUCAAAUGUAAAAUCAGGGUUGUCUCACAAUGAUAUAAUCAGGUACACUUGGUGACAGUUUCACAAAGUAACAAUAUUAGCUUAAUAGUUAAUUUAGAUAAGGUAAAGUAAUGACAUUCCUAGUACAAAUAUAUAUAUAUAUAUAUAUAUUUAACGAACAAUAAUAUAUAUUUAUAAGUUAUUAACUAUAUUAUUUAUGCCUCAUUUGUGUAACAUUUUAUUGUUUUUAAACAUAUUAUUUAGAACUAAUUUUGACUCGCGAUUCCUCCCGCGUAAAAGCCCGGCUCUGGGAUAAGAAGUACCUAGUAGCACUCGUGGACAAUGAAGUUUCAUACCGCCAUUUUUGAAAAACAAAUCUAAUCGCUUUUUCGAUCUAUAUCAAAAAUGGACCAAUCAGAACAAAGUAUUUUUGACCUGUUUACAAAUGACUUGUUUUGAUUGGUUCAUUUUCGGGAUCGAAUGAAGAUUAGGAUUGAGAUUGUUUAGAAAAUGUCUGUUAUUAGUAAAACAAUUUUCUUAAUCGAAUUAUUAGUUCCAGAUAUUAUUUCCUGAAUUCAAAGCUACAAAUAUUUUUUUAAUACAUUUUUCUUACAUGUAGAACUAAGUUCUUUUGCUAUCAAUAAGAAAGAAUAAGUGGGUGUUAUUUAUUGUGAAGUGCAUAUUGUGAUAAACAUAGAAUAUGAAUUAAUAAUAUUUUUAUAUAUUUUUACUACCUCGUAUGUGUCAAUGUAAUAUAACCAAAAAAUAUAGUCUUGUGACUGUAAAUUUUUAUAUUUGUUGUUAAAUAAAGUUUGAAAGUAUUCA